ACCGGCUACCGUAACAGCAGAUACCCCAGCAGUGUGUGUAUGUAUUUGCGUGUGUGUGUGUGUGUGUGUGUGUGUGUCUCUGUUAGUGUGUGUGUGUGUGUUUGGACAGACUCUCAGAUACUGGCAAACAGUUAUGUGACUUGACACACACACACUUUUGUGUGUCUGUGUUACGGCUAUCUUCGCACUCAUAGUGUGUGUGUGUGUGUGUGUAUCUGUGUGUGGUAAGUGCUUGAGUGGACAGGUUUCAGCGGCGAAGACGCACACAAAUGUGACUGUCUCUCUGCCUGUCCGUGCCUGUGUGUGUGUGUGUGUGUGUGUGCAUGUGAGUGUGUAAGUGUCUGUGUGUGUGUGUGUGUGUGUGUGUGUGAGAGAGGGGGUCAUGCCUUGGCAAUGCCCCUUCGGGGGCUGCUGUCUGGCCCCUCUGCUGCUUGGCUGUGGCCCCUGGGCCGGGGGGGAGGGGGGGGACGAGGGGCCCCUGAGCGACGAGGACUUCCUGGAGAGGAGCUCGGGCAGCUCGGUGACCCUGGGCGCCAUGGAGACGGACGACAGAGCUACGCACAGGCUCAGGCAGCAGGAGAAAAGCGUGAAGGAGGGCCUGCUGUUGAAACAGACCAGCUCCUUCCAGAGAUGGAAGAGGAGGUACUUCAAGCUCAGAGGAAGAACCCUCUACUACGCCAAAGACUCCAAGUCCCUCAUAUUUGAUGAGGUGGACCUGUCAGAUGCCAGUGUUGCCGAGACCAGCACCAAGAAUGUCAACAACAGUUUCACGGUGAUCACUCCUUUCAGGAAGUUGAUGCUGUGCGCUGAGAACCGCAAGGAGAUGGAGGACUGGAUCAGCGCCCUCAAAUCAGUGCAGAAGUGGGAGACCUAUGAGGCCAGUCAGUUCAACAUGGAGCACUUCUCGGGGCUGCAUAACUGGUACGCGUGCUCCCACGCACGGCCCACCUUCUGUAACGUGUGCAGAGACGCGCUGCCCGGGGUGACCUCCCACGGCCUCUCCUGCGAAGUGUGCAAGUUUAAAGCCCACAAGCGAUGUGCCAUCAGGUCUACCAACACCUGCAAAUGGACCACGCUGGCUUCCAUAGGAAAUGACAUCAUUGAGGAUGAAGAUGGGGUGUCCAUGCCUCACCAGUGGCUGGAGGGGAACCUGCCGGUCAGUGCCAAGUGUGUGGUGUGUGACCGCAACUGCGGGAGCGUCCGCCGCCUUCAGGACUGGCGCUGUCUCUGGUGCAAAGCCAUCGUGCACAACAGCUGUAAGGAGCUCCUGGGGAAGCAGUGCCCCCUGGGCCAGAGCCGCGUGUCCAUCCUCCCGCCCACCGCUCUCAACAGCAUCGAUUCUGACGGCUUCUGGAAGGCGGCGAGUCCAGCCUGCUCCAGCCCCCUGCUGGUCCUGGUCAACUCGAAGAGCGGAGACAACCAGGGCGUCAAGUUCCUGCGCAAGUUCAAACAGCUGCUGAACCCCGCCCAGGUGUUCGACCUGAUGAACGGAGGACCACAGCUCGGAUUGCGGCUCUUCCAGAAGUUUGUGACGUUCCGUGUUAUAGUAUGUGGGGGAGACGGAAGUGUUGGGUGGGUUCUUUCUGAACUGGACAAACUAGGACUCCAUAAACAGUGCCAGCUGGGAGUGCUGCCCCUGGGCACGGGGAAUGACCUGGCCCGCGUGCUGGGCUGGGGGGGCCUGUGUGACGACGACGCCCAGCUGCUGCAGAUCCUGGAGAAGCUGGAGAGGGCCACCACCAAGAUGCUGGACAGGUGGAGCAUCAUGACCUAUGAGGUGCCCACUAAGAAUGCUCCGGCCAUAGUGAAGGAGGACGACCCGCAGGACACUUCUCUACAGGUGCAGAUGACACAGUAUGCCGACUCCGUGGUCUCCCACCUCACCAAAAUACUGGACUCGGACAAGCACAGCGAUGUCAUUUCCUCCGCCAAGUUUCUGUGUGGGACGGUGAAUGACUUUGUGGCGGAGGUGGGCAAAGCCUAUGAGCAGGCAGCAGAGAAUCGCGAGGAGGCGGACGCCAUGUCUAAAAAGUGUGCCAUGCUGAACGAGAAGCUGGACCUGCUGGUGAAGGCGCUGAGCGAGGAGGCGGAUGCCCAGCUGGUGCCCACGGGCUCCAUGUCGCCGCGCUCCGAGGGGGGCGAGGACGCCGACGCCGACGCUGGCCACUCCUCCUCGGGCGACUCGCCCGGCGACGGCCCCUCCCCCGGGGUGCCCCGCCCCUUCAGGAGCCGCGAGCAGCUGAUGCUCCGAGCCAACAGCCUCAAGAAGGCCCUGAGACAGAUCAUCGAGCAGGCUGAGAAAGUGGUGGACGAGCAGAACAGGCACACCCAGGUCCAGCGCAUGUCCUCCUGCUCCUCCAUCAAGUGGCAGGGCAGCGACGAGCUCAAGGAGGCCGACACGCGUCCGGGCUGCAUGAGCCCCACCUUCCCGACGCCCAUCACCCUGGAGAAGUCGGAGAGCUUCAGCGCGGUGUCCUUCUCCGAGGACUCUGUACUCUGCACUGAGAAGUGUGUGAUGAACAACUACUUCGGGAUCGGACUGGAUGCCAAAAUCUCCCUGGAGUUCAACAACAAGAGGGACGAGCACCCCAAAAAGUGCAGCAGUCGCACUAAAAACAUGAUGUGGUACGGCGUCCUGGGGACCAAAGAACUGGUGCAGAAGACCUACAAGAAUCUGGAACAGAGAGUUCAGUUGGAGUGUGAUGGAGUGGCCAUGUCACUGCCCAGUCUGCAGGGCCUGGCCGUGUUGAACAUCCCCAGCUAUGCAGGGGGCAUCAACUUCUGGGGCGGCACCAAGGAGGACAAUAAUUUCGGAGCGCCGUCGUUCGACGACAAGAAGCUGGAAGUGGUGGCCGUGUUCGGAAGCAUGCAGAUGGCCGUGUCACGCGUCAUCAACCUACAACACCACCGCAUCGCACAGUGUCGGCAGGUGAAGAUCACGAUCCUGGGCGAUGAGGGCGUACCUGUGCAGGUGGACGGGGAGGCCUGGAUUCAGCCGCCCGGCAUCGUCAAGAUCGUCCACAAGAACCGCGCCCAGAUGCUCACCAGAGACAGGAACUUCGAGAGCACGCUGAAGUCGUGGGAGGACAAGAAGAAGGGGGACAGCUACGGCUCGGCACGGCCACGCCUCAACUCCCAGCAGUCCAUGGAGUACCUCACCGAGGAGGAGGGCGCCCAGGUGCAGCAGCUCGGCAUCGUGGCCGACACACUCAUCAACAGGAUACGCGAGGCAGCGAAGAGUCAUAAGGUGGUGGAGCAGGAGCUGGCCCAUGCCGUCAACGCCACAGCCCUGGCCCUCACCGAGGGGUUCCCCUCCAAGCCAUCCAGCCCAGAGUGUCUGAGUCGCAGCGCAGCGGUGGAGAUUGUCAACACCAGCAAGGUGCUGCAGCAGGAGACAAGGAUGCUUCUGGAGGGGAAGCUACUGCAGCUGGAGUCGUCUCAGGAUCAGGAGCUGCGCUCCACCCUCAACAGCCUGGGAGCCGAGCUCCUCAAACUGGAGGACAUCCACUGGAUCUGCCCCAGCAUACACUGCGCUGAGGAGGAGGUGUCCAGGGGAGGGGGCAAGAGCAGUAUAAAGCUGAAGAUCAUGCCCAAGGCCAAGAAGGAGAGAGAGAAGCUCCACAAGCAGAAGUCCAACAGCUCCCUCUCAGCAGAGAGAUGGGACUCAGUGGAGGUGUCUGAUUGGCUGGAGGCGCUGGGGUUAGGGGAGUACAGAGAGAGGUUUCAGCACGUCCAGAGCUGGCAGCAGCUGGCACAGCUUCAGAGGCAAGACCUUAAGGAUCUUGGGAUUUCAAAGGUGGGCCAUGUGAGGCGGAUUCUGCAGGCAAUUAAGGAUCUGGGAGAACCGCUUUAACGCUGGGGCCACUUUGACCUCCCGUCCAGCAGGGGCGCUGUUGCUGCCGGACGCAGGGGAGGACAGGAAAACGCGUAAACCAUCCCCUGCUCACCUUUUCUCCAACAAACAGUGGGGAGCUAUUGCUGUCAAGGGCUUUGUGCCUGAAUUGCAUAGCAUUGCAUCGGCGUUGUGGUCACAUUCGUUUGCCGUUUGUUUUGUUUUUUUUCGCCCUGCAGAUGUGCGUUUGAUUGCCUGGAGUGUGGGCAAAGAUUACCAGUGAGUGGAGGAAGGGGGGGGGGACAACCCCCUCACCCCAAAGCCAUCUAGUUUUCUUUAUUUCUCUCUCUUCUUUCGCUCGCUGCCUCGCUUGAUUUUCUGCUUCCCACCUGACUUAGUAUGUUUACUUAAGAUUCCUUGCAUGAAGUUACACAUUUUUUUGGUACUCAAAUAACAAAGUUACUAUCUCUCUUUCUCUCUCUCUCUCUCUCUCUGUCUCUUUCUCUCUGUAUUACUCAUCAGAAGCCAUGGGACACUUUCUUUCCUCUUCUUGAAAAAUCUCAGACUUCUUACUCUCUUCCUUUUGCCAAUAAGAACAAAAAACUUUUAAGAUUUCAAUGUCUGUGGAAAAAGAAACAAACCAACCAACAACGACAAAAAAAAAAAAAAAAUCGCGCACACACACAUACUUGUCUUGAAUGUAACCUUUGGACUUUGAUUAUGGCUGGGCUCUGUGUAGACCUAGGAGUACUAUUUAAUCCCCUUUAGAUGAUCAAUGUCAUUGCAUGCCUUCCAGUGCUGCUGUCUGUGUGGACUAAACGCAGUAAGAUUUUAAUACCGCUCCCGUUCUUUCUGAAAAGAGACUUGAAAAAAAAAACUCUUUAUUUGUUUCUGCUGGAUGGCUGUUGUUCCAGUAGCUUCAGUGAUGUAAAGUACAUUCGUGCCAAUUUCAUUUUGAGUGCAGUGGUUUAACUUACAAGUGUAGAGGUGUUUCUUUUUUUUUUCAUAGAGAUUUUUUUUUUCUUUGUGUGUGUGUAUGCACGCGUGCGUGCGUGCAUGUGUGCGUGUGUGGGUGUGUGUGUGUGCAAACAGAUGCUGUACAUCAUGCAUUUCAAAAUGAUUUUAUCUUGCCUUGCACUUUAAGAAAAAAGGAGUUACUUAAAUGCAAAAAGUUGAAAAAUGUGUGUGUGGUACAAAUAUCCUGUAAGAUGUUUUUAUAAAUGUAAUAAUAGAUUAAGGACUCCCCGAACCCUCUCUAUUUAUGGCAAAUCUGUAAAGCGAAUUGUGAAAACGUACACAUUAUAUAUAUAUAUAUAUAUAUAUAUGAAACAUAUAGUAUAA